GAACCUAUUUAAACGAUUCAAGCACGUCACGCCGGAACUCGGCGCGCUCGGCGGUGACGCUGUUUGGCCUGUCGGGGACACCGUCGUCGAGCAUGCGUAAAUGAGCGUGGCGGGACGUGGGUGUCAUGGCGCGCUCCAUCUGAAGUCCGUAGUUUCGGCGCAGUGAGGGACAGGUUCUGGCUGUGAGCCGGUUGGUGAAGUCCUUAUUGCGAGAUGCCGUCCGCAUCCUGUGAUGCUCUGCUGGAUGACAUUGAAGACAUCGUGUCACAGGAGGAUUCAAAGCCACAAGACAGGCAUUUUGCAAGAAAACACAUUGUUCCAAAGGUGCGAAGGCGGAACACCCAACAGUGCCUGCCGGAUGAAGACAGUCCACCAAGUGAUAGCAUUAUUCCAGGCAUACAGAAAAUUUGGAUACGGACAUGGGGAUGUUCUCACAAUAAUUCCGACGGGGAGUAUAUGGCUGGACAGUUAGCCGCUUAUGGCUACCACAUUACAGAAAAUGCAUCGGAUGCAGAUUUAUGGCUCCUGAACAGUUGUACUGUAAAAAAUCCAGCCGAGGACCACUUUAGAAAUUCAAUUAAGAAGGCUCAGGAAGAGAACAAGAAGGUGGUGCUGGCUGGAUGCGUUCCUCAAGCCCAGCCCCGUCAGGACUACCUUAAAGGACUGAGUAUCAUUGGGGUUCAACAGAUAGAUCGUGUGGUAGAAGUUGUGGAGGAAACAAUUAAAGGUCACUCUGUGAGACUGCUGGGUCAGAAAAAGGAGAACGGAAGGCGGCUGGGGGGAGCACGACUGGAUUUGCCAAAGAUUAGGAAGAAUCCACUGAUAGAAAUCAUCUCCAUCAAUACCGGGUGUCUCAAUGCUUGCACCUACUGCAAAACUAAACAUGCCAGAGGAAAUUUGGCCAGUUAUCCAAUUGAUGAACUCGUAGAUAGAGCCAAGCAGUCUUUUCAAGAGGGCGUCUGUGAGAUCUGGCUGACCAGUGAGGACACAGGUGCCUACGGCAGAGAUAUUGGCACUGACCUCCCCACGCUCUUGUGGAAGCUGGUUGAAGUAAUCCCCGAGGGAGCAAUGCUGAGACUUGGCAUGACAAACCCACCCUAUAUUUUGGAGCAUCUGCAGGAGAUGGCAAAAAUCCUCAAUCACCCCAGAGUCUAUGCUUUCCUGCACAUCCCAGUCCAGUCAGCCUCUGACAGUGUGCUCAUGGCGAUGAAGAGAGAGUACUGCGUGACUGACUUCAAAAGCGUGGUGGAUUUCCUGAAGGAGAAAGUUCCUGGAAUAACCAUUGCCACAGAUAUUAUCUGUGGUUUUCCUGGAGAAACAGAUCAGGAUUUUCAAGAAACAGUGAAACUCGUUGAAGAGUACAGAUUUCCAAGCCUCUUUAUUAACCAGUUUUACCCAAGACCAGGAACCCCUGCUGCCAAAAUGGAACAAGUUCCAGCACACGUGAAAAAGCAAAGAACAAAAGAUCUUUCGCGAGUGUUUCAUUCUUACAAUCCGUAUGAUCAUAAGAUUGGUGAGAGACAGCAAGUGUUAAUAACCGAAGAAUCUUUUGAUUCCAAGUUUUAUGUCGCACACAAUCGAUUCUACGAACAGGUUUUAGUGCCAAAGAAUCCCGCCUUCCUGGGGAAAAUGGUUGAAGUGGACAUUUAUGAAUCGGGAAAAUAUUUUAUGAAAGGACAGCCAGUAUCAGACGCCAAAGUAUACACACCGUCCAUCAGCACACCAUUAGCCAAGGGCCAGGUCUCGGGCUUGACCAAGGAAACCACCAGCAAGCUCGGCACUCACCACAGUUCCACAUCCCGCAGCGCAGCAAGUUCCAGAACGGCGCAGAAGACACCAAGGCUGCAUGAGGACUGCGCCCUGAGGGUCGCAGUGGGCCUCGCGCUGCUGGCGUUUCUCGUGGCUUCUUUAGUCAGGGUCUGUAAUUAGAACACAACCAAACCAAGUGUCCAUGAAGAAGGAAUUCUAAUUAAAUCCUCAGUGGCCAGGAAGGCCACCACAUCAGUUCUCCAAAGGGCAGUGAUCUGUGCGAGCCCAGCUGCCUCUUCCCCGACACACUUCUUAAUGAGGCUCACCCUGUCUCUCACGGAGUGGGGCCCCUUGGUUAUCUGACCUGAAACCUAAUCCCAACUGCCACAGCAUAUUUUUCAAAUUAAACUCCUUUUGGUUUAUUUUUAGGAAGCAAUGCAAGUGGUGGCAUUAAAAAAAAAUGUUGC